CGAUUUUCAUUAGUGUCACAAACUGAAUUUCGCGCCAUGAGCGACAAACGAGCAGAGGAAAAGUCGCUCGCUGCGGCCUCGCAGAGCUGGAACUGGUUGGCAUUAUCUCAGAAGAAUGGAGAGUCCAGUAGCAGCUCUUCAGGUCGAUCCAACUCGGCCCAGAGUCAUCGCAACGCGGUCAAGUCCAAGCGGCCGUUGUUGAAUAGGCCACCGACCAACUCUCAAGCGAAGCAUGCUAAGCCCAAGACUAUAUCUACCGCCACCGAACGUGAAAAGUCUGCCAGAAUUAAUACAGGAGAAGUGGAAGUAUUUUCAAGACUCCGCAUCACUGAACGGACUAUAUCAGCGGAGGUACUUCAUCAGGAGAUGGAAGGACGCAAGUUCAUCAAGCUACAGCAGAUGGAUCGCGUCCCCAAGGACACAUUUACCAAUGGAGAGGUCGACUGGGUGACAAUCGGUGUGUUGACACGUAAAACACUAUCAAAACCUGCGGCCAAUGGGUCAACGUUCAUGGUCUGGGGGUUGUCCGACCUGGACGGAACCGAGUUGGGCAUCUUCCUCUUCGGCGACGCUUAUGACAGCCAUUGGAAAGAGUUAACGGGAUCCAUCGUUGCAGUUCUGAAUGCAACACUGUUGCCAGCAUCGGAGAAAAACAAAUUUGCAUUCAAAGUAACUCAACCAACAGAAAUCGUGAAGCUGGGGAAGGCCAUAGAUUUCGGUAUUUGCAAGGGCACGACCUCAGGAGAAGCGCGCUGCCGUCUGGCAGUCAACACUGCAAAGUCACAGUACUGCCUGCACCACAUCGCUUCGAACUUCAUGCAGGCAGGACGAGGCCGACAGCAGCUUAACAAUUCAACGGGUAGCUUACGGAAGGCGCUGUUUGCUGGCUUAACAAAGCCGAAGAACUUGUCGGCGGGUGUGUAUACUUCAGCUCCGUCAAAGGCGAGCAGUUCUGGAUGGAAUCCGAUCAUCACCAAGAAGCGGAAGCGCAACGAUGCAGCUGGUGGAGUUUUGGGAGUGCCCACUGUGUUGUCGGCGUCUGGUGCUGUUGUUCAGCGCGGCAGAGCACAGUCAGAUCGUUUUGUAGGUACUGGUGCUUCGAAUGAAAGGCGACGAGGUAACAUGAGUCUCAUGGAUCAACUCCGGGAACCUCCUGCGUCCAUGAACGCGGUUGUUCGGUCAAGUGCGACUGUUAAGCAUCCUUCCAGCAGAGCCCAGAAGAUUAUGUCCGCAGUUCUUGCUGGAGAUGGAAAACCGAUGAAAAGACCCAAGACGAAGAAGGUGGACAUGAUCCAGUUCAUGAACGCGGGAUCUCAGGUGAAGAAGUAAUUGUGAUAGGCAUACUUCUGGCGAUAGGGCAGUACGGGAGCUAGAAUUUUGCCAGUACCGAUGUUACGUAUCAACGAGCAGUUUCCGGACGAAAUACUGUUUUUACGGGUCGAUCGAUGCCUAUCGACUUGUAGGACUUGCAACAAACGCCCCCCAAAGGAUUCAACCACCCAGUGUUAAUUGAUCUCACUGAACUGAUUAAAGUAGUACGUCAAGAAUCGGAGCUACUCGUACAUCCCGCGAUAGGAUUUCAGGUGGGAGCUGAUCCAACUGCCCUGAUCAUGUAGCAAAUGGAAGAGAUCAAACUCGUGAGAGGUUACUUUGAAAUAGCCACGUAAACACAUAUCUUUGGAA